CAGCGCUAAGUUCCAUACAAACAGUUGAAGUGCACGCAACAAGAAAUAGGAAUGAGCAAUAGUGAUAUAGAUGUUGUUAUGGGAUGAAUUUCAUCUUCUAUGUGAAGAUGUGAAUUGUGUCUUUCUUCACAUUUAUAGGUAAUAAUGCAGUUCUGUGUGAAUUUUGAAAACAAUACGUUGACAUUGAAAGUUCAUUACUUGUGAUUCAGAUUGACUAACUUUGUUAGAAGUAUCCUAAACUGUAUUGAGAUCAUCAGUAGCAACAUCCUAAAAAAGGUGUUUGUAUAACUCAAAAUUUUUUUUGUGAUUUUGUUCCAAAACUGAGACGUUUCUAACGAACCAAGGACUUGCAAAAAAAAAAACUUGUCGUGGCGAUUUUUCUGGCAACUAAGUUCAUCAUUUCCUAAGGUUCAGAAGUUCCAAAGCAACAUGGAGUCAGGCAGCAAAAGAUCCUCCUUACACGGCGUGGCUUACCACAUUCGAUUGACGAUGAUCAUUCUUUUUCGUGCCUACUCUUUGCACCGCCAAGGAAAGUUGCCUCAAUUUGAGUUGAAGAUGGAGGUAGCAGAUGCAGGAAAAUUCGACGACCUGGUGUUUCGCUACUCAUCACUAGCGAAAUCGAAAGGUACGGUUUUCAUACAAGCUAAACAUAAACAACCACCCAAAAAGCCAACGAAAUCGAAAAAAAUCCACCCAAAUCAUCCGUACACGCCAACGCGAAAAGAGCGACCAGCCAUUACGGAAGGAACGCUGCUCACGAAAUGGAACUCCAACGGUACCUUUUCAAUUCCCAUGUUCUUUAUUUCGUACCUGGAAGGAUAUGAAACAUUGUCCCCAGGUUCGCAUACUUAUCUUCUGUGCACUAAUGCAACGAUCGACAACAAACUCAAACAAAAAUUAACACUACGACCACUGGACAGCAGCGAUAUACUUUCCUUUUGCGACGACAUUGGAGCAACGUGUUACAGCUUCAGUAAGGAGCAAUUUAAUACGCUGGCAGAUGAAUUGCGGCAAGCUAGUAUAGAAAAGCUAGGACAGAUGCUCGUAUUGCAUGUUCGUUACAACAAAGAAGUUAACUCGAAUUAUUCUUCGUUAAACGUUUACGCCGAUCUGAUUUCUAUAUGCGUCGAGGAGCUUGAAGGAGGAACAGGGAAGUUUAAACUAAGCCAACAAUUACUAACUGCUUGUGAGUCAUCAAUAAUGGGGAAGCUGCGAGCUGUUCUUCAUAGAGAAUAUGAAAGGCUUAUAAGAGCAAAGCAGUGUGAUGAUAGAAGCGCCAUCUGGGAAGAGAUGCAAUUCAUGAUCAAUAAGUCCUUCUUUCAAUCAGGUACCAUGGAAACACCGACUUCAAUGCACGACGAAUCAUGUUUCUUCAAGAAGGUGGAUCGUGUUAUACAGCAAUUUUACCAAGAGUUUAUGCUUGUUUGUGGGUCAUUAAACGGGGAACAGCUGUACAACAGUGUUCUAGAAAUAAUGCCACACUGGGUCGACGAUAGAAUGACAACGCAUAACAUGCUGUUCAUGCGACUGUUUGAUUCAAUGAAGUUGUCCCAACCUAUUCCUAUGGAUUUAGACUAUUUAAAACAACAGUUUGUCAGUAUGAGGGUGAAUCAUUACUUUUCUAGAUUCCAAAUAGAAUCACAGUCUAACCUUAACCAAUGGAAGUCUAACUAUCGAUACAUAGAUGUUCGAUCAGAUCGACUUCAAGACACUAAGCUGUAUAAAUUUCUCAGUAAUGAGUCUGCUUAUGAACGUUACCAAUAUCACACAACAAGGGAUAUAAUAGUGUAUUCUCUUGUUGCAUCACAAACAAUUGAAUUGGUUCAAUGCAAUGCAUUAUUCAUACACUAUGCAGCGAAAGAUUUUGAGGAAAAUAUAUGCGAUGUACUUCGUAAAUUAAUCGAGUUCAUUUUAGAGGUAGAUUCCUACUCUUACACCAUUAUAAUGACCAUCGAUCAGUCGAAGAAAUCGAUGCUGCCAGAAAUUCAAAGAUAUACUAAAGAACAUAAGCUAAAGUUAAUAGUAGUCGAAGAAGUACUCGAAGCAUGCCAAGAUGAAGAUUGUUUCAUCGUACGCGAUCUUACCGAAGAGGCAAGACUACAGUUGUAUGCAAAACGUUCCAAUACAACUUUAAAUAUUUUUGGAACCACGAUAUCGCCGAGUGGCAUUUUGAAUGACGAUGAUAGCCUAAGCUUCGUGUGUAUCUUUUUGGACAACUAUUAUGAGCUCGAUAAUAUAGCAUAUAUUGAAUCGAAGGAAAAAAACUUUGAAGCAAUCAAGCAUCUGUAUAUUCCACGCACAGUCGUUCCAUGCUCGAAAGAAAAUGAAAACCAUGCAAAAGAACAGGAGGAAACCGAUGUUUUCUUUUGUCCACUGUACAAAAACGAAAUAUCGUUUGACGAGUUUCGAUUUAGUAGCCCCAAGUUUUCUCAAAUGCUCAAAUCAGUUUCAUCUGCAAAUGAUGAUGUACAGUAUACCGUUCCUGAUGUUUUCACGCAGCACAACGAAGAGAAAGUACACAUCUUACUCGAUGAAGCGGGAACGGGAAAGUCAACGUAUUUCACGUGGCUUGCACAUGCUCUAUCGAUCGCUAACCCUGCACAUUAUGUGAUUCGAAUUAACGAUUCACAGUAUUGCACGGAUUACAAAAGAUGGCAAAACUCUGACAUUAAGUUGCUUGAUGAUACUGCAAUCUUAAGAUGUCUGUAUCGUUUAAUCCAUCUCACGCAUUUCGUUUCGAACGUUUACAGUUUUUCGAUCAAAGCGACUGAUGUUUUCCGAAAUCAAGCUGAUCGAGCUGCAGACCUAUUUACUUUAGUUAACGGCAAAAUUUAUGUCAACACGCGUAAAGCAAACCCGUCAAAAUUUACAUGGGCACAGUUGAUCGAGCUGAAGAUUUUCCAGGAAAAAUUCAAUCAAAAACAACUGAUUAUCUUGUUCGAUGGACUUGAUGAAACUGCUCCUUUUUAUAAAGAGUUCGUAGUGCAAUUAUUUGGAAGGAUUGCAAGUUUGGAUGGUAUUCGAACUCUGUUCAUCUCAACAAGACCGUAUGAUUACAUACAACAGUUAGAAAGUACAUUUUCUAACAAUAGAAUGUAUUGUCUUAAACAAUUAUCACAGUACGAUCAGCUGCAGUUUGUUCAUAAUUAUUUGAUGCAUGAGCUAGAAGAUUACAAACAUUGCGAUGCAAACAAGCGGCACAAGAUUUUAGGGUUUCAAUAUCAUUGGAUGGUACACUAUUUGAAGGAUUUAAAGCGAAUACCCUUGCUUCUUCAUAUGGCAUGCGUUAUAAAUCUACCAAUUUCAAGAAAUAACGUGGACUUUAAACGCCGCAUUAUACCUAAAGGAUAUUUAAUACAAACAAAUGCUAAUAUUUUAGAUCAAAUCGAAGAUUUCAUCAAGCAGAAACUAAAAAUUUUAAGCAUUCAUAAAGCUGGCUUGACAGAGAUGGCCCUUUUAAAUCCUUAUCAGCAAGUGGUCCAUGAAAAGUUUUGUGAAAACAUUAAAAAACGGCAUAUUUUAUCGGCAAUGCUUGUAAUGUUUGAGCAAAAUCAGAUAAAUAUGCUAUUGACAUCACAUGACAUCGUGAGAAGUAAAAAAAAUAUUAACGAAGUGCAUAAUGGAAUUGAAAAAACUGGAAUCAUUACUGGAGCUUAUGAUGGAAUUCCUCAGUUCACUCAUAGAAUAUUUGCUGAGUACUUUGCAGCUUGCUGGAUGAACGAAAACAAGCAACGUAUGAGAAAUGAGAGCUUCUUCCAUUCAUGGUCAUUUUGGAUAGUUCAUUUACACAAAAUGCGUGACUUUUUCAACCGAAUAAUUCUACAACAAAGCAAAGGAUGUGAUCUUCACAUGGCCGUUGUAAAUCAAUCCACCACUAUAGUAAGCGAGAUACUGUCGAAAAAUCCAUCAACCGUAUUGGUGAAAGAUGAUCUUGGUCGAUUUCCUCUUCAUUUGGCAGUUACGUACCCAUCACUGAAUAUAGUUAACUUGUUACUCGAUAAGAUGUCCGUUCAGUCUAUUAACACAACAGAUCAUCUGUUUGGAUGGAGUGCCAUAGACUACGCAUUCGCCAUCCGAUGCAUUGAAAUAGCCAAAAAAAUAGUAUUAACCGGAGCAACAGUCAACGAACACAUACUUCUUCAACAGAUACUUUCAAACAACUUAUAUCAACUGUUGUAUGGUGUUUAUUUUUAUGGAGAAUAUCUUCAGUCAAAUGAAUGCUCAAGAACAAUUGCAAAUCGUCUUCUCAUUCGAGUAGUGGAUCACAUACUUAACAAACAGCGUGUUGAUAUCUUCUCUCGUCUCGAGGUAUUGGAUUCGAAAACAGUUCUUGAAUUUUGCAUAACUAAAAACUUUCUAAAAAUAUUCAAACAAUUUGUAUUGCAAAUCAACGAUCCAUCCAAGAUUUCUGAUAAAGAAUUAAAACGAUUCGCCCGGCUGGCACUAGAGAACAAUGCUCACGACGUAAUUGUUUAUUUGAUCGAAGAUCGUAACAUUGCUCUACCCCAAAUGAACAGCAUGGUCGGUCUUAUUUCUGCUCUCAAAUAUACGAUACAAAACAAUAAGCUUACUUCAUUCAAAGCAAUCUUUCAUCAUCUCUGCAUUCAACAAAACAUACUGAUGAAUGAGAAAACUGAUAUUCCUGAUGACUAUUGUACUCCAAGCAUGCCACCAUUCGAGGAAUGUUGUGUGAUGUAUGAUGUUUCUCCUGAGGUAUGCUGCGUACUUUCCUGUAAUAAUGUUCGGUUACCGUUGCCUGAAUAUGAUGAAAAAGACAUCCUUUAUAAUGGAUAUGUGCUCGAAGCUCUUUUGGCUUAUUCAGUUCACGAGGGAAAUGUCCGCAUGCUCAGAUACAUUCAUCUCAAGACCAAAAUGGUCAUCACCAACAGACUCAUCGCAAUGAUCAUGAGAUUACUUCCGAAAGGUAAAGAUGUAUGUCAUAAGAAGUCGAUGCCUGCAUUUCUGUAUCUUCUCGACAAUUCCACCGAUCUGGACGGUGUGGACGAUGAGGGUCGAAAUUUGCUUCAUAUGACUGCUCAAAAUGGCUGUUUCUUCAUGAUGCAUUGUUUGAUUGUACGAGGAUUCCACCCAGCUACAGUAAACGCCGCAAAUAGCUGGAAUGUGUUUCACUAUGUUGCGUUCAAUGAGGAAGGGAAUCGUUCGAAUAAAAUCUUGGAAUAUUUGUUGAAACGUUGCAACAUGAUUUGGUUCGAUCAGUUAGAUAACAUGCUACAUUGGAAUGACCGUGAGAUAGCUGACAGCUUCUCCAUCAAUCUGAAUGUAACUCAAGAUACAACAAAUAUGGCUUGGCUAACCAAACAACAAUACGGUUUGCUGGCUUGGUUGUUUUUGCUUGACAAACGACUAACAGCUAAGGUGUUGAAUGACCUGGAACAACAGGAAGCUUACCAGUGUAUGAACCAUAUAGUUAAAGGCAAUCAUAAGACUUUGUUGAUCAAAGAAGUUCGAGAUGACAUUCCUCAAUUCACACAUAGAAUAUUUGCUGAGUACUUUGCGGCUUGCUGGUUAAAUGAGAACAAGAAUCGUAUGAAGAACGAGAGCUUUUUCUUUUCGUGGUCAUAUUGGAAUAAUGAAUCAAGAAAAAUGCGUGACAUCUUCAAUCGAGUAAUUCUUAGAGAAAGCAAAGGAUGUGAUCUACACAUGGCUGUUAUAAAUCAAUCGCCAGAUCUAGUACGCGAGCUACUGUCGAAUAAUCAAUCAGCUGCAAUGGCAAAAGAUACCGUAGGUCGAUUGCCGCUUCACUUGGCAGUUACGUACCAAUCACUGAAUAUAGUAAACUUGUUGCUCAAAAAAAUGUCCAUUCAGUACAUUAACACAAAAGAUCACCUAUUGGGAUGGAGUGUCACAGACUACGCAUUCGCCAGUCGAUAUUCAGAAAUAGCUCAAAGAAUAUUGGCAGCUGGAGCAACAGUCGAUGAACACAUACUUCUUCAACAGAUACUUUCCAAUCAACUGUCUUCGUUGUUAUGUUGCAUUAAAUUUUACGGGAAAUAUCUUCGGUCAGAUGAAAGCUCCAGAAAAUUUGCAGAAAGUCUUAACAUUCAAGUGGUCGAAAAUAUACUUAACGAAAAGCGCGUUGACAUUUUCUCUCGUCAUGAUGAAACAUAUUCUAAAACAGUUCUUGAGUUUUGCAUAACUGAAGGUAUCCAGGAAGUAUUCAAACAAUUUGUAUUGCAAAUCAACGAUCGUUCCAAUAUUUUUCAACAAGAAACCAAUCAUUUGUUUGAACUGGCAUUGGAGAAUGAUGCUCAUGAUAUAAUUGUUUAUUUUAUCGAAGAUUAUAACAUUCCUUUACCUCACAUGGAUAAUAUGGUCGGUCUUAUUUCUGCUCUCAAAUAUACGAUACAAAAAAAUAAGUUUACUUCAUUCAAAGCAAUCUUUCAUCAUCUCUGCAUCGAACAAAACAUACUGAUGAAUGAGGAAACUGAUGUUCCUGACGGCUAUUGUAUUGCAAGCAUGCCAUCAUUGGACGAGGAUCUUUCUCCUGAGGUAUGCUGUGUACUUUCUUGUAGUAAUGUUCGGUUUCCAUUGCCUGAGUAUGAUGAAAAAGACAUCCUUUAUAAUGGAUAUGUGCUCGAAGCUCUUUUGGCUUAUUCAGUUCACGAGGGAAAUGUCCGCAUGCUCAGAUACAUUCAUCUCAAGACCAAAAUGGCCAUCACCAACAGACUCAUCGCAAUGAUCAUGAGAUUACUUCCGAAAGGUAUAGAUGUAUGUCAUAAGAAGUCGAUGCCUGCAUUUCUGUAUCUUCUCGACAAUUCCACCGAUCUGGACGGUGUGGACGAUGAGGGUCGAAAUUUGCUUCAUAUGACUGCUCAAAAUGGCUGUUUCUUCAUGAUGCAUUGUUUGAUUGUACGAGGAUUCCACCCAGCUACAGUAAACGCCGCAAAUAGCUGGAAUGUGUUUCACUAUGUUGCGUUCAAUGAGGAAGGGAAUCGUUCGAAUAAAAUCUUGGAAUAUUUGUUGAAACGUUGCAACAUGAUUUGGUUCGAUCAGUUAGAUAACAUGCUACAUUGGAAUGACCGUGAGAUAGCUGACAGCUUCUCCAUCAAUCUGAAUGUAACUCAAGAUACAACAAAUAUGGCUUGGCUAACCAAACAACAAUACGGUUUGCUGGCUUGGUUGUUUUUGCUUGACAAACGACAUACAGCUAAGGUGUUAAAUGACCUGGAACAUCAGGAAGCUUACCAGUGUAUGAACCAUAUAGUUAAAGGCAAUCAUAAGACUUUGUUGAUCAAAGAAGUUCGAGAUGACAUUCCUCAAUUCACACAUAGAAUAUUUGCUGAGUACUUUGCGGCUUGCUGGUUAAAUGAAAACAAGAAUCGUAUGAAGAACGAGAGCUUUUUCUUUUCGUGGUCAUAUUGGAAUAAUGAAUCAAGAACAAUGCGUGACAUCUUCAAUCGAGUAAUUCUUAGAGAAAGCAAAGGAUGUGAUCUACACAUGGCUGUUAUAAAUCAAUCGCCAGAUCUAGUACGCGAGCUACUGUCGAAUAAUCAAUCAGCUGCAAUGGCAAAAGAUACCGUAGGUCGAAUGCCGCUUCACUUGGCAGCUUCGUAUCCAUUAGCUGAAAUAGAAAAUGUGUUGCUCAAUAAGAUGUCCGUUCAGUCUAUUAACACAAAAGAUCAUCUGUUGGGAUGGAGUGCCACAGACUACGCAUUUGCCAGUCGAUACAGAAAAAAAAUUAAAAUGUUACUAUUGACUGGAGCAACAGUCAACGAACAAAUAUUGUUUGCACAGAUAAUUUCUAAUAAUAUGCGACAUACUUUGACAGGCAUAGGAUUUUAUGUGGAAUAUCUUCAGUUUAAUGAAAGCUCCAGAACAAUUUCAAAUCGUCUUUCUAUAAGAGUUGCAGAUUAUAUACUUAACACACAGCGUGUUGACAUCUUCUCUAGUCUCGAGGUAUUGGAUUCGAAAACAGUUCUUGAGUUUUGCUUAGCUGAAGAUUUCCUAGAAAUAUUCAAACAAUUUGUAUUUCAAAUCAACGAUCGUUCCAGAAUUUUUCAACAAGAAACCAAUCAUUUGUUUGAAUUGGCAUUGGAGAAUGAUGCUCAUGAUAUAAUUGUUUAUUUGAUCGAAGAUCAUAACAUUCCUUUACCUCACAUGAAUAAUAUAGUCGGCUUUAUUUCUGCUCUCAAAUAUACGAUACAAAAAACUAAGUUUACUUCAUUCAAAGCAAUCUUUCAUCAUCUCUGCAUCGAACAAAACAUACUGAUGAAUGAGGAAACUGAUAUUCCUGACGGCUAUUGUAUUGCAAGCAUGCCAUCAUUGGACGAGGAUCUUUCUCCUGGGGUAUGCUGUGUACUUUCUUGUAGUAAUGUUCGGUUUCCAUUGCCUGAAUAUGAUGAAAAAGACACCCUUUAUAAUGGAUAUGUGCUCGAAGCUCUUUUGGCUUAUUCAGUUCACGAGGGAAAUGUCCGCAUGCUCAGAUACAUUCAUCUCAAGACCAAAAUGGCCAUCACCAACAGACUCAUCGCAAUGAUCAUGAGAUUACUUCCGAAAGGUAAAGAUGUAUGUCAUAAGAAGUCGAUGCCUGCAUUUCUGUAUCUUCUCGACAAUUCCACCGAUCUGGACGGUGUGGACGAUGAGGGUCGAAAUUUGCUUCAUAUGACUGCUCAAAAUGGCUGUUUCUUCAUGAUGCAUUGUUUGAUUGUACGAGGAUUCCACCCAGCUACAGUAAACGCCGCAAAUAGCUGGAAUGUGUUUCACUAUGUUGCGUUCAAUGAGGAAGGGAAUCGUUCGAAUAAAAUCUUGGAAUAUUUGUUGAAACGUUGCAACAUGAUUUGGUUCGAUCAGUUAGAUAACAUGCUACAUUGGAAUGACCGUGAGAUAGCUGACAGCUUCUCCAUCAAUCUGAAUGUAACUCAAGAUACAACAAAUAUGGCUUGGCUAACCAAACAACAAUACGGUUUGCUGGCUUGGUUGUUUUUGCUUGACAAACGACAUACAGCUAAGGUGUUAAAUGACCUGGAACAUCAGGAAGCUUACCAGUGUAUGAACCAUAUAGUUAAAGGCAAUCAUAAGACUUUGUUGAUCAAAGAAGUUCGAGAUGACAUUCCUCAAUUCACACAUAGAAUAUUUGCUGAGUACUUUGCGGCUUGCUGGUUAAAUGAAAACAAGAAUCGUAUGAAGAACGAGAGCUUUUUCUUUUCGUGGUCAUAUUGGAAUAAUGAAUCAAGAACAAUGCGUGACAUCUUCAAUCGAGUAAUUCUUAGAGAAAGCAAAGGAUGUGAUCUACACAUGGCUGUUAUAAAUCAAUCGCCAGAUCUAGUACGCGAGCUACUGUCGAAUAAUCAAUCAGCUGCAAUGGCAAAAGAUACCGUAGGUCGAAUGCCGCUUCACUUGGCAGCUUCGUAUCCAUUAGCUGAAAUAGAAAAUGUGUUGCUCAAUAAGAUGUCCGUUCAGUCUAUUAACACAAAAGAUCAUCUGUUGGGAUGGAGUGCCACCGACUACGCAUUUGCCAGUCGAUACAGAAAAAAAAUUAAAAUGUUACUAUCGACUGGAGCGACAGUCAACGAACAAAUAUUGUUUGCACAGAUAAUUUCUAAUAAUAUGCGUCGUAUCUUGACAAGCAUAGGAUUUUAUGUGGAAUAUCUUCAGAUUAAUGAAUGCUCCAGAACAAUUUCAAAUCGUCUUCUCAUAAGAGUUGCAGAUUAUAUACUUAACACACAGCGUGUUGACAUCUUCUCUAGUCUCGAGGUAUUGGAUUCGAAAACAGUUCUUGAGUUUUGCUUAGCUGAAGAUUUCCUACUCCGGACUACCCGAUUCAGAUUCCGUGUUCGGAAUCAAUUCCAGAGCCGAUUCCGAUGCUGGAAUCGAUUCCGAUUCCGCAGUCGAUUUCGGAGUCGAUUCCGGAAUCGAUUCCGGAGCCGAUUCCGGAGCCAAUUCCGGAGACGAUUCCGGAGCCGAUUCCAGAGUUGACUCCGAAGCCGAUUCCAGAGUUGACUCCGGAUCCGAUUCCCGAGUCAGCUCUGGAAUCGAUUCCGCGAUCAGACUCGGCUCCGGAAUCGGAAUUGACCUGGGAAUUGCAAUUUGUCCCGAUAACGGAAUCAUAAUUGAGUCCAUAAUUAGAAUUAGCUCUGGAAUGUGAAUUAGUUCUUGAAUUGAUAAAAAGAAGUUUUAGAUGCGAAAUCAGUCCUUGAAUCUCCAUUAGAAUGGAUGUUUUACGAGUAAAUUUUAAUUUUUGGGUUAUCAAUACGUAGUAUGAUUUGACCCAGACGCCUAUUUUUAUGGCGAUGCCGAAACUGACUCCGUUUGGAAGUCGAUUCUAAUUUAGGAGUCAAUUCCGAUUUGAGCGCCGAUUUCGAUGCCGGAACCAAUUCCGAUUCCGAUUACGGAGUCGAUUCCGGAACCGAUUCCGAUUCCGGAACCGAUUCCGGAGCUAAUUCCGGAAACAAUUCUGGAGCCGAUUCCGUAGUCGAUUGGGAUUCUGGAAUCGAUACCAGAAAACAGCGGAGCUAGCCGGAAUCGAUUCCGAAAAAACUUAAUUUUUCCCAUCACUAGUCAGGACUUAGUGGUGGAAUAAUGGAAUGCUGUUAGUGUUUGAGUUAAACAACAAUGUGUUACAUUUUUAAUUUAUAAUAAUUAUAGGCUGCUGUCAUACAAAACAAAACAUUCAUCAUAACGAAAACAAAACGACAACCAAAAAAUAACGCUUGUUAGUGUAAAUAACAAUAAAAAGGGUUGUUUGCUACAAUUUUCAUGACAAGAAUUGAAAAUCGUAAAGACACGGGUACAUUUAUCGUACUCGCCUAGUGUAAUUUCGAUUUUCACUACCACAUCUGGCAGUUGCUAAUCGAAGCAUUUUGCCUUUAAAACUCUAGGCAGCUUCAUAAAAUAUGUUAUUUUUCAAUACGUACGAUCACACAAGCCAUAUCUUUCUUCGCGUACCUUUCCCCUUCCAAAAUUGUCAAAAAAGAAGCCAAUAUUUUUGCGUUCACAUACCAUGCAGCAUACACUUAUCGUAAUUUAACACUAUUACUGUGAUUAUCUGAUUCAAACAGAAACGUAUCCAACAAAACCGCGCCACACGAACUGGAACGAAAUCGGUAUUAUACAAGAUUGUUAGAGACUUCUUUCGUUGACUCAAGACAAUGCUACCAAAUUGAUCUGAAAUGGAUUUGUUUGUCAAAACAAACUGCAACGCGUAACGCAAGAAGUAUCAUACCAAUUAAUAAUUAUUUCUACGUGUGGCAUAUUAUUGAUAUUUAAAUGUGUUUGGCAAUGUCAUGAAAAGUAGCGCUUUUGUUAUGAUUCUCCAAUUUCUGUACAUUUUGUUAUUUCCACCCUUUUUGCAGUGAAUAAUUACAAAAAAUCCCUUCUGAAUGUAAUUACAUGCAACUCGUGUGGUUUAAAUAUAUGUAUUUAGUAGUUAAACCGUAAAACAAAACGCUUUCCGUAGCUUUAACCUGACGGCAAGCUGUUGGACAAAAAACGGUCUCCGUUUGAGUCAGGUAAUGCAAAUGACCUUCGUUAAGUUCGAUAUAUCAAACCAGAGACAAAUCGAAUUCUCAAACACGGAUCAUAAUAGAAAAUGAGCAUUUUUGAUACUUUUUCUCAAACAGUUGAGCCACAUAAUCGGCACUAAUAAUUGGUAAAAAACGGGUUCUUAUUGUAAGAAAUGCACAAUAUUUUUUAUUUGUUUAUUUAAUUAUUUUUAUUUUAUUAAUUGCUCGGCCACGUUGGGUUACAGCAAUAGUGCUUACUGACUAUAGUAUACAAUUAUUCACGAAGGAGUUGGAAGGAGUUUAUGGUACGGAAAAGGAGCGAAGACGGAAUCGGUAGACAGGAUAGGAUAUGUUGAAAUCGAACAGAUCAGAAGUACUAUUAAAAGACAACAUAGCUCUUACAAAAGGCUCAUUGCGAGCAAAACGUGUACGACAUAUAGGUAACUGGAGACGAAAACGAUAACGUAAGGUGCGACAAGGUGCAUACAAAUGUAAGCGCGAUAGAAGGGAAGGAGUAUCAAUCGUAUUGAGCAAUAUGCCAGCAACGAAAGAAGCCUGAGCGAUCGAGAGGCAGUGCUCCAACUUGGCAAGGCCUAAUAGAGUGCAUCUAUCGUCAUACGAAGGAAGCGGAAUAGAGUGAUGACCUAGCGACCUACAAAAUACGAUCCUUGUAAAACGUCUCUGGAUCCUCUCAAUCCUUUGGAGCAGAGAUAGUUGGACACGAGACCAGAUGACACAGGCAUAUUCUAGUACGGAACGGACCCAACAACAACAAAGGUACUUAAGACAAAAAGGAUCAUGAAUUUCAGUGGACAUGCGACAAAUAUAACCAAGACUUUUGUUGGCCUUGUUGAUGACAUAGUCCAUGUGCUCCUUGAAAGAAAGACUCAGGUCAAAGAAGACGCCAAGAUCCUUAGACAAGGACGCACGGGGAAUAGGGGCAUCACAGACACUAUAAGCAUGAGUUAUACUUGUAGAGGAUCGGAAGAAAGACAAGACAGAACAUUUUUCAGGACACAGGACUAAAGAAGCACACCAUGUAGAGAAUUUACAGAGCCAGGAUUGAAGGACUAGACAAUCAGCUGUAGAAGAUACAGGAAGAAAAAUUUUAACGUCAUCCGCAUAUAGCAAGAAGCCGUUAGGAGGAAGGAUCGAAGUACAGUCAUUGAGGAAGAGAAUGAACAGUAAGGGACUAAGGACACUACCUAGAGGGACACUCGAAGAACUAAGAAAACAUUGAGAGAAAGAGCCACAGAUUUUAACUACAUAUAAACGAUUCUCAAGAUAGGAGUUGAACCACGGCAAUAUAGAGCCAACGAAACCUAGUUUUCGAAGCUUAGCAACAAGUAAUGAUAGAGGUAUACUGCCAAAUGCCGCUUUGAAAUCGGUAUAGAUACUGUCUACUUGCUUACCACUAGACAGGUAGUGAUGUAGAGAAGACAAAAAACACAUUAGGUUGGUGGACACUGAGCAAUUGGGCAUAAAGCCGUGUUGUUCCGUAGAAGUAUAAUUUUUUACACAAGGCAUUACAGAUAAAUGGACAAUUGACUCGAGGAUUUUAGAACACGCACAAAUAAUAGAAAUGCCUCUGUAGUUUGAUGCUAGUGUGCGGUCACCUUUCUUAUAAAUGGGAACAAGCCAAGCCAGUUUCCGUUGACUAGGAAAAAUCCGAGCGAGCGAGAAAAAAGACGAGUGAGAAUAGGAGUGAGGGUAUUGCCACAUUUUUUCAAAACACAGGCAGGGAUGCCAUCAGGGCCUGGUGAAAACGAAGUUUUAAGUUUGGAUAAAGCGGAUUUUACUAGGCUUAUAUAUACAACCGUUAGAAUAUUUAGAACUUGAAAGCAAUCGAUAACUAAUGUUUAAACACGAAAAAAACCCUACAUUUCUCUCGGCCUGUCAAAAGAUUGCAAGCAAAUAUUUUUGUUGUUCAUCCAGCGAUGGACAGUUUGGAUAGCUUGAAAAAGAAUCGCCACAGGCUGCUAGACUUCCCUUACCUCAGUGAAAAAGUGUGUUUGACAUAUAUUUUCUAGCAGAAUAUGCCGUGUCUGAACGCGGCUAAUGAAUUUAACUAAAAAGUUUUGUAAUUGGUAGAUAGGUAAAUUGGGCAUGCUUUUUUGCAUCCAACAACGAUGACAGAGUAACUUAAAUUUGCGAUCUGACACGACCAUUUCAUCGAUGACAAAAUAGUAACUUCCAUCAGCUGUCACCAGAGUGAAAAUCGAAAUUACGCUACCAAUUACGAUCAAUGUACACGGGCCUUAAGGAUUGUUUACAGUUGGUUUUUGUUCUCGCAUUGCUGAGGCAAUGCGGUGUCGUUUAGCAAAAUUAAUAAAGAAUGUGAUUCAGAUUACAAAUAUAAACAAAUAUAAAAAUAUUAUACAUACAAAGGUGCAAACCAUGCAAUGAAUAAGUAAAAAUAUUAAAGAACUGCAAGUUCAGUUAUAUUGUCAAUUGCUUAAUUUAUUUUCGUACAACUUUUAAAAGUAAGGAUAUUUUAUAGUUUCCUGAAACUAGUGGCUUUUUAUUGCAUCCAGCUUACAGUGUGAGUACCGCUAAUGGUUGCCAUUGAUUGCCAUAAAUGUGCAACCAUUUUUCACAUGCAACAUCUUUAUUAGAGGGGAAAAUUCUCGCCGCAUGUGCAAAUGUGUUCGCAUUAACGCGUUCCCUUGCGAUGGCGAUUGUAGCGGGUAUGCCUGCAAAAUCUUUCAGAAACGAAAUACCAGAAUUCUGCAAUAGGACGGGGCGCACCUGUACAUCAAACACUCGUCCUCGUCGAAGGUUUUGCCGGUGUGGACAGUGGGAUUAGGAUACAUUCACGUACGCAUGUACGGCUAUGGAAGAGCAAGACCGCGUUGGUAGAAGGUAGGGCUGGUUGGUGCUGAUAAGAAUGCACUUUUCUCUUUCUUCCGACCCUCGGAUGGUUGGAUGGUUAAAUGAGCAUCCCUGUUGGAUACGUGCACGCUCAUAUGACUCGUACGGUAUGAAUCGUUUAUCGGUGGCUGCUGUGAAAUGGUUCGGAAGCAUUUGAACUGGCAAGGAGAAGCAGGGGGUGGGCCUGGUUGUGGACACGGUGCAAACUAAAACCGAGAAAUGUAGGUACAUUUCAUCUGCUGGGAAAGCUGUACGACACGACUUAACAAGGAUUCCUGUGCGCAGCGGAACGUGUGGCGAUGAGGGUGCUCGCCUGCUCGCAGAACCUUGAAUUAUUCAAACACCAAAAGCUUUGCCACGGACCGGAAACCGAUGCUUCAAAGAGUAAGUUUGAUGUGUGUCCCAAAUGACAAUAAUAGUUUCGAACGGGAGGUUUUGCCUGGCGAGUUGGAAAACGAUGAAGCAAGAGCUUCCAGUUUUCAUCCAGAACCUGCUGCUUCUGCUUUAGGUGCACUUGGAUCCGAUACACCUGGACCCGGGGACGUUCGGUCGGGGUUGAUCCGGUAUGUUUCGGUCGGUUGUUGUAGCAGCACGUGUAUCAGCACCACGCAGGACGGUCUGAGCAUAGAUUAUAAAUUUAUUAAUAUUGCAACAGUCUUAUCACCUAUUGCCUGAAACCGAGACAUGAGCAGUACAAGACACGAGCGAAUCGAGCUGAGAUGGGUAAGUUCCAGGGAGCAGACCAGAGUACCGUAAACCGGGCGUGUACACAAUGACGUAGUUCAAGUUUUACUUUGCAUUCCAACAUCCGUGUCCCAACGGCCAAACUAAAACAGGGCAACAGAAUUCCAGGCCAUUCGAGAGUGAUCGGCUUGGGAAGGAACGCAGCUCCAUGUGCUGGGGAGGAGUCGUGCAGCGAAAACGUGCACGAGGAGGUAAGCCCUGGGAGACUCCCGAAGACUCUCGAUAGUUUCUCGCGUAGGUUGUCCUUUCGGAAGUUUCUGCACGAGGUUUUAGACAUACUGGCUGUGGAAGAAUCUCGUGGGUGAGACUGCCCCGUGCACCGGUGUGUACAAUGUGUUCCGUUACUGUCGGAUCGUAUGUCAAGUUGAGGAACAUACAGAAACAGUUUGAAUAAUUUGUUGCCGCUUCUUGUUGCUUUGCUGACGGUUCGAAAUUUUCCUUCCACCUCUCAUCGAUACCUUCGGUUCGGUCGUCACCGGCUGUCAGUGCGUCGUCAGUGAUGCACGCUGGAGCACAGGAUAUGAUGCAGACCGGUACGGUACAUAAAUGAUAAUAUGCUGCACUGGUUUAUGAAAUCACCAUUAAUGUGCGGUCGUCGUGCGUGGAUCGUAAUUUGCUGUUACGAUUGAGGGACUGGUGGAGUACAAGGACACAGGCUCAGUGGGAUUGGAGAUAAUUUUCCCAACAAUUUAGAUACAAAAUGACAAAUUUAUGAUGGCAGAUACUUUGUGAAACAUUCCCUAUAGAUUUAGAAAUUUGACAGGAGCUCUUCGAGUUGUUUAUUUGCAUUGAUUCGACAGUUGUUUCAUGAAUAGUUUAUUUAAAAAAUCGAACUUUAUAUAAAAUUAUUUCAUAAGCUAACCUUUCUAAAAAAUUAUUUGAUUUAUAGUGAAGCAUAUUUAUCCAUGGCUGGCUUUUCUGUCUCAACUUUUUUGUUAAAGUAGUAAAGUAGUCAAAAAUUAAUAAUUAAAACAGUCGGAACAAUGGUUUUAUACAAGGGAACAUUGGGUUUCAUUGGUUUAAUUAAAAUUUUUAUGUUUAAUAACUAAAUUGUGCUUUAUGUACAUUGCACGAUUACGAUACUAGUGUAAUUUAUGUAGGAAAGUAGGAAACUUUGCCUGUUAGAGGGACAGUAUGCAUCAUCCGGUACCCAAUUCACCGGAUGUAUGUACCCAAAUCCGGUAUGUACCCAAUUCACAUCAUGAAAUGGGAUCACGUCAUGCAUCAGGCAUUUUCAUGACAAUCUUACUUACUUACUUAUCAGGCGCUACAACCGCUUUGCGGUCUUGGCCUGCCUCAGGAGUGUCCGAAACCGCUCACGGUCUCGCGCCUUCGUCUGCCAGUCCGUUAUCCCGGCCUUAAUGGCGGACGCCUCCACGCCAUCUUGCCACCUCAAUUUGGGCCUUUCAUGACAAUCAUCUAUUGACAAUUUUCAUGACAAUCAUCUAUUGAAAAAAGUUUUGUUUUACAUUUUUUUCGGUUUGAAAUGAGUUUUAAUAGGAUAUUUAUAUUUUCAAACGCCAUUUUAAACUGGUUAAGCUGUUUUCAAAAUGUAUGUUACAGCAAAAAAAACUGAAUCCUGAAUUCCUAGAUAUCGAUAGAUUCUCAUCGGAUUCGUCGAUUAACGUCUGCUUUAAAAAAAUGUACAAAAAAUGUUGAUCUUAACCCGCACUAACGAAUCGUUGAUUGUAUUAAAUUCAAUAAUAGUAUUUGAUGAGUCAGUAGACAAAAUUUGACACCUCUAUUAGUCAAACUCUAACCGUGAUGGUAAAAAAAGUAAAGCAAAUUUGGACAGGAGCGUGCGCGAUCAAACAACGGCACCCCGUAGCGUCUAAAACGCACUCUGUUGGGGUUCUCGGUAAACGACUUAUGGAUUUUUUAUAACCUUCAACUUUUUUGCGUAGCGUAGGGUUUAAAAAUACAUUCAAAAACAUGAGCAUUCACCUAUCAAGAGAGCCAUCAAAUCCGCCCCGAUAAUCGUGUUUCUUAUGCUGAUCAUCCGUUAAUGACCUGCCACUUCACGCGUUUACAAUUGAAAGUCGAGUUCGUUCGAGCUAUCCUAACAGACUCCCUGUGGAGGUUUUUAGACGUCUUAUAAGCUCGUUCCGGUAUCUACAACAUUAAACUAUUAGACAACUUUUCACUAUUAGACAACAAUCAGAGAAUCGAAAGAACGACCGGUUCCGAAUCGGCUCUGAGCGACUUGAGGAUACAAAGGAAGCUGAAAAUGAAGACCGAGGGACUGUGGGACUGUGGCUCCAUUGCUGCGUUAGCUUGGCCGGGAGGCAACAGGCUAAACAUUGAAAUAGUACAUGGGGAACAUAACAUAUAUAUUACUUACUUACUUAUCCGGCGCUACAACCGCUUUGCGGUCUUGGCCUGCCUCAGGAGUGUCCGAAACCGCUCACGGUCUACCGUCUACCAGUUCUUUAUUCCGGCCUGAAUGGCGGAAGCCUCCAUGUCAUCUUGCCACCUCAAUUUGGGCCUAUCACGCCUCUUCUGUCCUUGUGGACGGUCUAAAAAGACUUUACAGGCUGGGUCGUCCGUUUCCAUGCGUACAGCAUGGCCAGCCCACCGGAGCCUGGCGUGAUAACUUGCACGACAGUGAGGUUGCCGUAAAUCUCGUAUAGCUCGUCAUUAUAACGGCUCCUUCAUUGUCCUUACACACAUACGGGCCAAAUUUCCUUCUGAGCAUCUUCCUCUCGAAACGCGAAUAAGAGGGUUUCGUCAGAUAUGGACAGUGUCCAUGUCUCAGAGGCGUACGUGAGUACCGGUAAUAUAUAGGAACUAUAUAGUCCCAACUUCGUCCAUCGUGACAGGUACUUUGAGGUGAACUGAUUUCUCAGGCUGUAUAAUGACCGGUUGGCAACCAGCAUACUUGCGUGCAAUUCAGUUUCCAUGCUAUUGUCGUUGCUGACCUUUGACCCAAGAUAGGUGAAUUCUGGGACGACUUCAAAAGUGCGUUCACCAAUCUGUACGUCAUGCCUAUGUAGGUUUGGAGAUGUUAUUAUUAGGGCCACUGAUAAUCCACCAUCAGUUUGGUCUUGGCCUCGUUUAUCUGCAAUCCGAGGUUAUCUACCGCUUUCUCGAUUCCUUGGUAGGCUUCUGCUACAUAGGAAAGCUGCAGACCAAUGAUGUCGAUAUCAUCAGCGUAUGCCAGGAUCUGGGUUGACUUAUAGGAAAUUGUUCCCGUAAUCUCCACCCUCGAGUCAUGGAUGGUUUUCCCUAGCGCAAAAUUGAAUAGGAGUAGGCAAGCCCGUCCCCUUGGCGCAGACCUUUAGUCCACUGGCUUCACAACUGCAAGCAAUGACGCCAAAACUCAAUUCGACUAUUUUAGGUGAAUUUUGGCUGUAUUUCAUUAUGACACCGUAGUAAGCAAAUCAAUCCAUCCUCCCCUAGCUGCGUCCCAUCGAAAUUUUCUAGACCAAUAUAUUGCAAAACUUCUAAUACAAUUUUUUUUUCGCGAAAACUGAGGAGGAAUUGAUAAAAAUCGAGGUAGGUCUUAAAAGCAUGCCUGCACGCAUGUCUUCAUACGCGCUGGUGAAAAUUCCGGAUAACUGACGUCAGGAGGCCUGCAAAAUCAUAGAUUUAUUUUUGUAAGUGAGCUUAAAUAUUCAGCCGUAUCGCCAUACGUAGGACUGACUAUCCUGCUAUGGGGAUAAUCAUUAAGUCACUGAAAGUGAAGCCCACAAGUAGCGGUACAUGCAGGCCUUUACCGUCAACGGUUGUUGAGCCAAAAGGAGUAGAAGAAAAGAAGAAGAAUAAGAAGGAGAAGAAGAAGAAGAAAAAAGAAGAAAAGAAGAAUAAGAAGAAUAAGAAGAAGUAGAAUAAGAAGAAGAAGAAGAAGAAGAAGAAGAAGAAAAGGAAAAAAAGAAGAUGAAGAAGAUCAAUUGGAUAUAAAAUAAUAACAAAUUAAAACAACAUGAGGUAUGAAUAAUGCCUAGUCUUUAUUUCCUUUUUUACAUUUGUUUUGGGAUUCUUGGCAAUAUAUAAUAAGCAACAACAAAAAUCAUCUUUAUCAUAGUCAUAGUCAUCAUUUUUGUGGUGUGUUCCAAACAAAAAUAUAUCAUGAUGUAAAUUUAACAUAAUAUGUAAAACAUAUAUCUAAAAAAAUAUGUCAUGCGAGUUCAAUAUGUCAAGCACAGCCCUGUCAGGCCAUCGUUUUUAAAGAAAUACAAAUAUUGUUCAUUGAGUUCGAUCGUUCGGUUCGGGAGUUUAUAGGUAAAAGUGAAUUUGAGCAAAUAAAAUUCAUACUAUGGUACACU